AUGAUCCUGAUGGACGAGGAGGGUACAAAAUAUCAUUCUCGUGUCUUUAAUCAGAAUUUCUCCAGAUUUGGUCAUCUUUUAAAGGAAGAUGAAACUUAUAUAAUUCUAAAACCCAAUAUGGCGGCUGUUAUUAAUGGUUUUAGUUAUACAAGUCAUAAACAAACCUUAACUUUGGAUUGGAAAAGUAUCCUAAAAAAAUGUGAGGAUUUCUCGGGUCCGGUGAAUGGAUUUAUGUUUGUUGAUUUUAAUUCUAUCAUAGAACAAACAUGCCCAAGAGACACAUUCUUUGAUGUUAUUGGACAGAUUGUGUCAUUUCGGCCUCUUGAAACUUCAAAUCCUGUAGCAUCCAAGCAUUAUAUAAAACUCACUCUUAGCAACCUAGAAUUGAAAGCUGAUGACAAUGGAGGUAAUUCUGAAAAAAGCAUAACUUCACUCCAAAGCUACUCUUCUUCAUAUACAGAUGACUUUAAGGGCACUUUCCCAUUAAAAACAAUUUGUGAGAUCACAGAACCGCUGAAGACAGAAUCUACCAUGGUAUUACGAAGCAUGCUACAAAUGUGGAAAAAAAAAAUAAACCCAGUUCCCAGACCCAAUCAUUCCUAUACCGACCCUCACAAAAUUACAGAAACUGUUGUUGUUCAGUGUAAAGAUCCACGUUGCAACAAAUCGGAUUUUCAUACAGUUAUAAAGUAUAUAAUUCCAAUCAACGUACAAGAUGGUACUGGCACCAUCGGAUUGACUCUUUUUGAUAGAGAAGCAAAGAGGCUGUUAGAUAUAAGUGCAUACGAGUUGAAAAAGAUACAUGAAGUGGCUGGAGACAGUGAUGCACUAUUUCCAAUGCAACUUAACGUGUUGAAAAACCGCAAGUUUGGUUUUCUUGUAGAUAUUACAAAAUACAAUGUUGACAACUAUAAUAAUAUCUACACCAUUCUCAAGCUUACAGAAGAUGUGUCCAUUCUUUCCGAAUUGGAAAGUAAAUUAGAACUUAUGUUUUUCAAACUCAAGACCUUCUUCUGUUAUCUUGUUGUUGUGGAUAUUGAUAUCAUUCACCAAGAUCUUUGUAAAAUAUUUUGA